GGAGCUACAAUGUUAGUUACGAGUUCGAUACUUUAAUGAGGUCACCACAAGGCCUAGAGGAUGAAAAUGGAAGCAAUAGCAGCAUGCAAAGAGCUGAGACAAUGCUGCGACUGCUGCCCAUGGCACUAUGUGUAGUGGCUCUUGUAAUCAUGCUCAAGAACUCCCAAACCAAUGACUUUGGUUCCCUUUCUUACUCUGAUCUAGGAAUCUUCAGGUACCUUGUACAUGCAAAUGGAAUUGGUGCAGCUUAUUCCCUUCUAUCAGCUAUAGUAGUAGCCGUUCCUCGUCCUACAACUAUGCCUAAAGCCUGGACAUUCUUCCUCCUUGAACAGAUCUUGACAUACGUAAUAUUGGCUGCUGGAGCUGCAUCGACUGAGGUGGUUUAUUUGGCGUAUAAAGGCGAUACGGCUGUUACAUGGAGUGAAACAUGCGGUUCAUUCGGAGGUUUCUGCAGAAAGGCAACAGAAUCUGUGGCCAUUACAUUUAUUGUAGGCCUUUGUUAUGUAGGGAUUUCUCGGAUUUCAUCUUACAGACUUUUCAGCAAAUAUGAUGCAUCAAUUGGGGACUAUAAGAACAAGGGAGGAAUUGAAAUAGCUACUUAUUGA